AUGAGAGAUAUUGUUGUUUUUUCUGGGUCCUCUAAUCGAGGCUUGGCCGAAAGAAUUUGUGACAACUUGGGACUUCUACCGGGUGAAAUUGAGUUAAAGAAGUUUGCAAAUGGUGAAACUUCUGUGCGAUUAUGCGAUUCUGUCAGAGAGAAAGAUGUGUUUAUUAUUCAAUCAGGAUCUGGUAAAGUUAAUGAUAACCUAAUGGAACUUUUGCUUACCGUUUCUGCUUGUAAAAUGGCAUCCGCUAAAAGAAUCACAGUGAUAUGCCCAUUAUUCUUCUAUUCACGUCAACCAGAGUCACCAGCUAGCAAGAAGGGUAUUUCAUUCAUUUCAAAAAAGGAUAAGCAUGAAUUUUUGCACUCUACUUCAUCAGUUCCAUGCUGCGCUUCAGAUUCGUUUAAACUUCACAACGGUGUUUCGGUCAAGUCAGUCUUAGAUCAUAAUGCUACUACAUGUGAAGAUAUCUCCGAACAACACAGGCAUCAUCCUUAUAAGACUUGGGUUGCCCAAUCUGGAACUCUCAUAGCUGAUUUACUGGUUGGUGCUGGCGCAGAUCAUAUUGUUACAAUGGAUUUGCACGAUCCUCAAUUCCAGGGAUUCUUUGAUAUUCCCGUGGACAAUUUGUUUUCUAAACCACUGGUCCAGCACUACAUUGUGAAUUAUGUUCAAAACUAUAAAGACUGUGUUAUUGUUUCCCCAGAUGCUGGUGGAGCAAAGAGAGCUGCUGCAAUUGCUGACUCGUUAAGUAUGCAAUUCGCUCUUAUCCACAAAGAGAGACAUCAAAGAUCCACUGAGAAACCAGUUACCGCGAUAGGGCUGGGAUCUUGCGCUUUGGCUCCUACUGCCUCUACUGACAAUCUCAUUAUAACUUCCGCUAAUGAUGGUCAAUCAGUUGCUUCUACUAUUGAUGAUUCUUCUAACAUCAGUUGUGCAGGGGAGAAUGUAGUCGCUACAACUAUGCUCGUCGGUGAUGUGCAAAACAAGACCUGCAUAAUAGUAGAUGAUUUAAUUGAUACUGGUGCUACUGCUAUGCGUGCAGCUCGUUUACUUAAGGAACAGGGAUGUUCAUAUGUAUAUGUUAUCGUCACACACGGUAUAUUUAGUGACGCAGCCUUGGAGAAAGUUAGGGCAUGCGAUGCUAUUGAUCAAUUUGUUACUACAAACACAGUUGAGCAACGCUCACAUAUUAAGCAAUACGGAACGGCUGACGGAAAAGGAUUGGAAGUUUUGGAUGUGUCCCGUAUUUUUUCAGAAGCUAUUAGAAGGAUCAAUAAUGGUGAAUCCAUUUCAUUGAUAUAUGAUCAAGGAUGGUAA